AUGGAUAAUCGCAGUAUACACGAGCUUUUCUCGAGAAGCUCAACGCCUCCAAACCAACAAUCUCAACUUACUCAACAGUCACAGCAUCAACAGUCGCAGCACCAGCAGUUCCAGCAUCUCUCCAACAAUUCUUCUCCAAACCUUAUUGAUUCUCUAUUCAAUCAUAUCAGCUCUCCUCCCGAUCACCAGGGUCAGCAGUCCGCAACCUUGGAUACUCCAUCUUCCGACAACUUAUCUGUAUCUGCCCCCAUUACUCCAGUUAUGCCCUUGACGGACGAACCUCUAAAUCCCUCUACUUCUACAAAUACCACAAACGCUGAUAGGCAAAGCGCUUUGCUCUCGCUCCUUAGCGGCCCUGGUCCGCGUUCAGCCCCAGUACAGAAUUCCCAACAAAGUCAGCAGCUCCAACCAACUCAGCAAACCCAACAACCCCAGCAGCCUCAACAACCUCAACAAGUCCCUACUCCUCCCGGGUCGUCGCAACGUUCCAAUGCUUCCCCACCCCACACCGAGAACCAGAAAAUCCUGUUGGAGCAACUUAUGAGCGGCGGACCUCCAAGGUCAAGCUAUCCAGAGGCGCAAAGGGGUCCCCAGACAACGGCUGCUCCUUCCCCGCCAUAUAACAACCAGCGAGAGCAGGGUCAUCGUCCGUAUGAUCAGCACGAUCAACCCACCGAUAUGUCGCCUCGGUCACAAGUCAAUCCUCCACCUCACCCCGCUCAGCAACAGCAAGUUCAACCACCAUCUCCGCGCAGAUCUAUGUUUGAGUUUACGUCUCCGUUUGAUCAUCUCUCGUCAACUACGAGCUCUGUCAAGAAGAAACCCGUUCCUCCGCAGCCUGCUAGCGUUUCAAGCGGGAAUGAAGAUUCGAGUUCGUGGACAACGGUCACCGACCCCAAGCGCCAGUCUGUCGAAAACCUCCUUGAGAAUUUAACCCGUGGCCAACCAUCACAUUUCCCUGCUGCUGCUGUGCAACCGCAGGCUCCCGCUUACGAGGCGUAUCUAAGCGGUGGUGAUUUCUCCAUAGGUGAACAUGUUCAAAGCCGCCCUCCUCUUCCCCCAAUUCCAACAAAGCCAGUACCCAAUCGCACUGCAUCUCCACGUGCAUCCCCUCCGAAAAAUCAACCUCAGCGUUCGCAGGUCCGAUUGACUGACCCUUCUGUAUUGCAACAAGGUCCUCCUCAAGCCGCAGUUCAACUUCCCACCAGUCUCAACCGUCGCGAAAAAGAAAGCUCACCAGGGCCAAGGGGCGGUGCCAAGCCGAAAGCAUCCGCAACCCAGACCAAAUUUUCUAAACCACAGUCAAGUCCCAGCCCUCAAGUUCAGACCAUACUCUUUGAUGUUUCCCAGCAGCUCGACGAAAUACAAGCGCCUCGCGACUCGGUUAAAUCUACCGCUAUCGCGCUUGUUAAACAAGAUUCGGUCUUUUUGCCUGGAACUACCAUUGGAGCGACGCAUUGGGUUGCAUAUGCAAUGACGAGAGGCCGUGUACGAGUAAUCUCGAGAUCCAGCGGUGAUCGCACACUCCUUCAACUUCCCCAAGUCUUCUCUCCAUCAUCAAGUAUCACCGAUAUGGCAGUCUAUGGCAACAGACUCGCUGGAGUAACAUCUGAUGGAGGUUUUGUUGUGUGGGAGCUGCCGGAGGUCAUCACGGACGAUGUACCUGGACUCCUUCUGCUUUGUGUUCCUCCGACGAGUGACGUUGAUGCACUUCGUGCGGUGAAGUGGCAUCCCAAAGAGCCAGAUACAUUGGCUGUCGCUUCGGACAACAAGAUAUACGUUAUUGAUUUAGCCAACACUCUAGCUCUUCAUAAUCAACCGCUUCCACAUGCGGAUCUCCAUCAUAUAGGCCAGCUAUUCACGGUUUCUUCGCCCGUGGUAGCGUUUGAUUUUGACGUUAUGCACUACGCGCUCGCUACCAUCUCCGAAGAUUCUACACUCACGAUCUGGAACAUGCACGAUAGGCUCCCCUACACAACGCAUAAAAUUCGUGGCGAAGAUAUUCCCUCAUCGAUGACGUUCGUUGACGGUGGUCUCAUAAUUGGUCGCAAGAAUGGAACAAUUCUCCAACUAUUGUCAAUUUCUACCAAAACUGUGCUUUCGACGGUCAAGUUCAUCAAUGGCCAACAAGAAGAUAAUGAUAUGUUUGGUCACGUCAUUUACGAUUCGAGGAUCCAGACCCUCUGGGUGGCUAACAGUCGACGUGAUAGCAUGAUCGCUUUCAAAAUCAAUUUUGAGCCAUCCUUCACCUCUGGUGAAGAAGCUGUCCGCGGCUAUUUCGAACAGGUCAUCGAGUUUGCUGGACCCAAGCCCACGAUACAUUUUGUUGUUCUCACGGCUGAUGCUGAUCCAAACGGUGAUGAAGCCCACGCGGCAUGCGUGGCAGCGAAAGUUCCUUCUGGUGAUUUGGCGUUGGUGGCGUUUUCAGUCCACUCCACCGGUGUAGAUCAGAUAUUAAUCCGCAAGGAAUGGUUCGACAACGCACUCAUGUCCACCAGCGCCAAGUUCCCUCAUUUCCAACUGCCGCAGAGUUCUCCCCCUAUUCAAGAUCCUAAACCUCAACGAGUCAUUCCUCAAGUAUCAUCGAAUGCUCCCCCACCACCAGCACCUAUUCCCGCAUUCGUUCCUCGUUCGCGAACGCCCCCGUCGGAGGACAUAGAGAAUGAUCCCAAUCGUGACGAUAGCCGCUUCCCUGAGUCCAAAGCGAAGGGCGCCAAAGGCAAGAAUGUCAACUGGAAGGAAGGCGGGGAAAAUCUCAAAGACAAAGAGAAAGGUGUCAAAAUCUCAGAUGCUACUUUGAUUGGCGAGUCAUCGUUGGGGCAAGCUCUCACCCGAGAAUUUCGAAAGACCGAAGAAAAUCUGCACACUCGCAUCGGUCGCCUCAUUGGCAAAGAAAUGGACAAACAACAUCAAAGGUUGGAGGAUGCUCGUGCACACGAACAAGCCGAAGAUUUUGCACGUCAGGAGAAGAUUUUGAAACUCAUCUCGACGGAGCUCACGAGGAAUACAACGCGCGUCGUAGAACUGGCGGUUAAAAGCGAAGUUCAAAACUCCGUUCUUCCAUCCCUUGAGAACAUCACCAAGAAUGAGGUCAAGGCUGCCUUGAAUGACCAAAUCGGUCGAGGGUUGAUCGAUUUUGUCGGCCAGAGUCUUCCUCAUGAAAUGGAGAAGCUUCUCAUCCGUCCUGAUAUUUCAAAUCACUUUGCUCAUGUCCUGUCAACGAAUCUCACCCCGAUGAUCGAGCGGCAUGUCAAGGAGGCGGUAACGAAAACGUUUAUCCCAGUAUACACUCAGCAGUCGUCCACAAUGCACCAAGAGAUUCUCAGGGAGCUGCGCAACGAAAUUCAUAGCGUUAAAACAGAGCUCACUGCUUGGCAAAACGAAGCAUUCCGCAGUCAUGAGACCUCUAUUCGGGAAUUGGAACAUACUGUCAGGACACUAUCUGAUCAAGUCAAAUUCCUGUCGAUGAAUCCUCCCGCGCCCCAUCAUCAUUUGCAGCAAACCCAACCGUCCCAGAGCUCCCCCGGCGCUACUGUGCCGCAACUGCAGGGAAGCAUCAAUCAGUCUCAUGUUCGCCAACAGAAUUUGCCACCUGUUCCUCCAGCCCCUGCGAGCUACACGCACCCCAGCCACGCCAAUUUCCAACAUCCAACGCAACCUAUGCAUGCACCCUGGUAUGGGACAAGCAUUGCAGCCCCUCAAGCAUCUCAUCCUGCCACCAUUCCUCAACCGCCACCACCGACCCAAACUCAAGCCGAACGCACUCCACCUAUCAAACCCGAGCAAUGGGAUGAAAUAUACCUCGGGGUGCUGCAUACUCAAGACGCAUCAAAACUGCGUGACCUCCUUUCGCACACAAACCCCGAAGUCAUCAUGCCACUCAACGGAGUAAGCCUUGUCUCGCAAGCCGUGAUAUUGACGCUUGUCCAUCGUUUGUCCGCUGUCGUGGGUGAGACACCUCCAAACGACGAGACUUUCAAGACGUCCUUGUGGUGGUUGCAACGCUCAGUUUCUCUGCUUCGCCCUGAGGAUAAAUUGAUCACCGACUUCAUCCCCAGGGUGAUUCCGAACGUUCAGCAUCUUCUCAAUACCACAAAACAACGACUGACCAUCUUGCCCGGUGGUCCUUCGACGCUUGAGACGGCAAGGACACUGUCCGAUAUCCAGGAGACUCUUCGUCGCAAGGUUUCGCCAGUUUGA